UAGCCGAUCCAUCUCCCUUUUUCAAAAAAUCAUUGUUUCCUACUGAGACCCCAAAUGAGCAAUGAAAGCCUAGGCUCACAGUUGAGUCUGAGUCUCACAAACACAAACACUGCAGCUCCCAUUGAUUACGCACUCUCCACGCCUACUCAAAGGAGCUGCACGCGGAGUGUUCACUUUCACCAUUGCCAUUGUCGACUCACACGCUGACUACUUUGUUUGUCUGUCUCUCUCUCCCCAACCCCAACUCUUUGUUUACUCAGUCAAAACCAAAGACUUUCAAAUAUUUGAACCCCCUCCUUUUGUACACUUCUUUGUCACAACAGAUCUGUUUCUUUUUUGUUUGAAUUUUACAAGCCUUGUUCUGACUUCUGGGGCUUCUGGGUGUUUCUCUAAAAGAGCAAUGGUUGCGGAGCCUUGGAUUGUAAAGAUGGGAAGCCAAGUAAGCACAAAUCUCAAACACGCACUUCUACUUGAAACUUCAAAGAAGAAGCAUGGCUCAAAAAACCAACUUCCAAAGCAAACCAUAGGCAUCCUCUCCUUCGAAGUAGCUACUGUAGUGUCCAAAACAGUUCACCUCCACAAAUCUCUCACCGACUCCGAGAUCUCCAAGCUCAAGUCCGAGAUCUUGAAAUCUGAAGGAGUGUUGAACUUGGUGUCCUCCAAUGAGUCCCAUCUUCUAGACCUCGCUCUAGCCGAAAAGCUCGACGACUUGAACCGGGUCGCUGGCGUGGUUUCCAGGCUCGGCAAGAAGUGCUCUGAGCCAGCCCUGCAAGGGUUCGAACACGUGUACGGUGAUGUGAUGAGUGGAGUUAUUGAUGUGAAGGAGUUGGGUUUUUUGGUAAGAGAUAUGGAAGCUAUGGUGAGGAAGAUGGAGAGGUUCGUCAAUGCCACCGCGAAUUUGUACAGCGAAAUGGAGGUUUUGAAUGAGUUGGAGCAAGCGACGAAGAAGUUCCAGCACAAUCAGCACGAAGAAAGCAAGAGAGCUUUUGAGCAGAAACUGAUUUGGCAGAAGCAAGACGUGAGGCAUCUCAAAGAGAUUUCGCUUUGGAACCAGACGUAUGAUAAGGUAGUUGAACUCUUAGUCAGAACUGUGUGUACUAUUUAUUCUAGGAUUUGUAUGGUUUUUGGAGACCCUGCUAUGAAGAAGAAUCAGCAAAAUCAAUUUGGGACUGUUUCGGGUCAGAUUGAUUUGAAGCAGCGUCGUGUGCAUAUGGGUUCGGAGCAAUUGAAACGGGUACGUAGUGGUAAUAGUAGUGUGUGUCAUUCGGGAUUAAUCGAACGAAAUCCAGUGCAGCAGAGACGGGUUACUAAUUUUAAGUCUCAAUUCGAUUCAAGGAGAAAUGAAUUGGGGUUGUUAAGAGCUGAAGAUUUCAAUUUUCCGUGUGGAACGAGCCCCGGGAGGCUUUUUAUGGAUUGCCUUAGCUUGAGCAGCUCGGUUUCUAAGUUUGAUGAUGAUGAUGAUGAUGUUGAUUAUGAGGAUCGGAGUAGCCAAGUUUCCAGGGCGGUUUGUGGUGGUUUGAAAAUGGAGCAGUUGAACUUGAAGUCAAACCAUUCGGGUUGUGUUGAUGGAUCCGAAAUUGGGGUUUUGCAGGGUGGUGCUCGAUUUGGCCCCAAGAGUAGGAUUACUGUGUAUGCUCCUCCUUCCACGGUGGGAGGCUCUGCUUUGGCAUUGCAUUAUGCAAAUAUUGUAAUUGUGAUAGAGAAGUUGCUUCGUUACCCUCAUCUAGUGGGUGAGGAAGCUAGGGAUGAUUUGUAUCAGAUGUUGCCAACGAGUUUGAGAAAGUCUUUGAGGACUAAUCUCAAGUCCUAUGUCAAGAAUUUGGCGAUAUAUGAUGCUCCUCUUGCCCAUGAUUGGAAGGAGACUCUUGAUGGGAUUUUAAGGUGGCUUGCGCCACUUGCGCAUAACAUGAUCAGGUGGCAAAGUGAGCGUAAUUUCGAGCAACAUCAAAUUGUAACACGGACGAAUGUGCUUCUGCUUCAGACAUUGUAUUUUGCUGAUAGGGAAAAGACGGAGGCAGCUAUAUGUGAGCUACUUGUCGGUUUGAAUUACAUAUGUCGCUAUGAGCAUCAGCAAAAUGCAUUGUUGGAUUGUGCCAGCAGUUUUGAUUUUGAGGACUGCAUGGAAUGGCAAUUGCAAUGUGGAGCUGCUUAUGUUCAUUGACCACAUUGCUGGAUUUGAGUACAUGAAGUGGUUAGUGGGUGGUAGAGCCUUUUUUUUGGUUCCCUAUACUUGUAUGAAGACACAGAUGAUAGUCCGAUAGGAUGUGAAUAUCUGAGCUUUUCACACUGAAGACUUUUUAUUCUUGAAGACUUGAUUACUAAUGUAUCAUGUUGCAAGGAUCUCUAAAAUGCUCGGCAGAAUUUUUUUUGACACUGAUCUGAUUGGGUGAUGGCACUGCAACAAACGGGUAAGAGAGAAGAGGGCUUGAAAUUGAUUUAGUAGUCUACAGCUUCAUCCAACAAGGAAAGCAGAUGCUAUCAUGUGGCAUUAAGCAGGUGGCAGUAGAGGGCAUUCACUGUGAUAAUUUAAGAGCUUUCAAUAGUGUCGUUGGAUGUCAUUAAUUCUGUGUAUAGGGUCUGGCCAGAUAGAGAGAGAGGAUAGCCUCUCCAUCUGAUUAGCCUUGCAGUCACGAAAUAAAUGGCUUUCAUUUCAUGAUCUA